CACACUGUCUGACUGAUUUUAAACAUUUACAUAUAUUCAAAUCUUUUUUGUGGCAUAAAAGUUAAGUUACCCAAAAUUUUAAUUAAUGUGGGGACGUGGCUAGUACGUAAGAAGUGCUAUCGAUACAAUUACACGCAACAGUUGACCUCAGCAGUGGAGCAAGCUAAGUUUUUUCCAAGACCAACAUGGAGCUGACUGGAUGGGUUAAAAACUAUGAUUGGGGCAAACAGGGCAUUCAAUCGGCCGUUGCCCAAUUGGCUAUGGCGAACGAUCCCGACUUUGUGCUGAACGAGACGGAAACCUAUGCUGAAAUGUGGAUGGGAACCCAUUUCUGUGGCGUUUCCAUUGUGAAAGAAACGGGCGAAACUCUGGAUCGUGUGCUCAAGAAAGAUCUGCCCUAUCUCUUUAAGGUGCUGAGCAUUCGAAAAGCACUCAGCAUUCAGGUGCAUCCCAAUAAAUGUGAAGCGGAGCGUCUGCAUAAAGAGCGCCCCGAUGUCUACAAGGAUGACAAUCACAAACCAGAGCUGAGCAUUGCUAUUACGCCUUUCUUGGCAUUGGUUGGGUUCCAGCCAGUGGAGGAUAUCAUUGACAACAUUGACGAGUUCCAGCCGCUGACUGAGCUCAUAGGUCAGGAGGCUGUGGAUGAACUGCACGAGAAACGCAAUUCGGAGACACUGAAGAAUUGCUAUGAGAUCAUGAUGCGAGCUGAUGAUGCGUCGAUUUCCAAGUGCAUCAAAGCGAUAGCCAAGAAUAAUAAGUCAGAGCUGAAGCGUAAUGAGUUGCUGGAUAUUUUCAAUAAGGUUAAUCAGGACUUUCCCGACGAUGUGGGCGUCUUGUGUCUGUUCUUCUUGAAUCUAGUGCGCUUGCAACCCGGUCAAGCCAUUUACCUGGGCGCCAAUGAGAUUCACGCCUAUUUAGAUGGCGAAUGCGUGGAGUGCAUGGCCUGCUCUGAUAAUGUUAUACGAGCUGGACUCACACCGAAAUACAAGGAUGUGGAACAAUUAAUCUCCUCGGUGAUAUUUGAUGGGGCAGCUGCCGAUGCCAAGCUGUUUAUGCCAUACCGUAUCGAUGAUACUGUUCAGGUGUUUGUGCCACCUGUUGAUGACUUUGCCGUGAUGCAUGUUGGUAUCAAGCACAGCGUGUGUUCGUACAAGCUGCAGAUACAAGCAUAUGGUUCCAUACUCCUUACUUUGGCUGGCAGUCGCAUACUCCGCCUAAAGACCGACAAGGGGGUGAAGGAAAUAACUUUAACGCGCGGCAGCAUUGUUUACAUUCCGGUUGAAGCGGCGCCAGAAAUUGAAUUCCUGCAGGCAGAGGAUUGUGACGAAAAUUUUACGGCUUACAUAGCCACAUAUAACUAUUUCAGAAGAGCAUAAAAAUAAUAAUAAAACAAGGCGGUUUCUUGGUGGUGAAGUAAUUUCAUUUCAGUUUUAAUAGUUGCAAUAGAAACUAAAGUGGCAAUAAUAGUUCUAUUUAUAAGCGGUUAAAUACGACGAUUUAUAAAUCUAAUAAAUAUACAUGAUACUACUAUAUAAUAUGCAAUAAACACAUUUUUUCUUGCUGCCUUUCCGGGGGAUAUUAUUGCGAAAACAAAUUUAACACAACACGCUUCAUCAUCAUCCUUGCUUAAAUCUCUAAUGAAAAACUGGGUUUCUAAUUUUGGUUCUCGUACACAAGUAAAUCUGGUAUACAAUAGAAACAGGGGUGGGUGUAUAACACAGGUAUAUCCGUUUACUAUCGAAACAGCGUAUGUAUAACACAAUUACCUCACAUCAGUUAUACAAUAUAGUAUAGAAGGGGGAGUAUAUAUAGAAUAUAUAGUAUAGUAUAAUAUGUAUGUAAAGUAUUAACAAACUCUCGUGCACACAAAGAAUGCACAUAAAUUGGCUAUGAAUAUGACACUACCCUUACAUUUUUAAUCAUUCCUCCGUCGUCCUUCUCAAUUCACCUUUUCCUCCUCCUUAUAAAUGCUUUGCUUCGCUUCGCUUCGGGCUCAAGUUGAGGUUGUAAAUAUUUUAUCAUAAAGACUAAGUUUUUGUUUGUUUCAUUCAUAAAGGUCGUAAAAGCCUCAAAAAGUUUU